AUGGAAGGCAUGAUAAGUAUCGAUCUAGUGGAAGCUGCCCUCGCUCACCGACAGUUCUUGAAGCUUGUUGAUGACAACCCAUGCCUUUACACCGGCCCACAUGUUGAAAAUGCUGUCAGGAGGUAUGCGUCUGUUCCUCGAAUCCAAUCUAGACCGAUAAAUGCAAACCAAGUGAUUGCAACCAGUCCAUGCCUUCCCCAACCUUGAGAUUGGGUUUGCAUUGUGUUUCGUUAGAAUAUUUCGUGAGAUUAAAAUUUUUAAUAGGUAGCCUGUCGGCUCUAUAAGAUGAUUUAUAAAAUUUAUUGUGAGAAAUUGCGCUGUUGAGCACCUGAGAUAUCAUUCAAAGCGGUCACCAUCGUUUUUUGUGCUAGGGGUCUUAAAAUGUUAUAGUUAAACAUAUUAUUGCUUUUUAAAGAUACUUUUCAUACUUUUUUGCGAAGUGAGAACUGUUAGCAAGUUUUUGCGAACUCACCUUUAGCUUUUACCAGAUCUUUCAAAAGGUGAAAGAUACUGAGGAAAAUAACUUAUGUCAGAAAGUAUAUUUUAAAAAAAGGCUUCUCCAACUCAUCUUGUUCGGCCCCUUGUUUAAUCCUCAUUCACCUUUUUCCUAUGAUCUUUAGGUAUGAACUGUUUUGGCUUCCUUUGCUAGCUCAGCACUCCUCCGUGGACCUAGCAGCGCCUCUAGACAUUGCUUGGGUAUGGCAUGUACACUUGCUUUCACCUCUCAGUUAUGAAAGGGACUGCAAUGAAGUAGUCUGUGUUUUAGUCGACCACAGAAUUCUUGUAGGAAAAGCUCGAGAAAAGGGGCUAAAAAAAGCCAGGGCAUUAUGGAAACAAAAGUACCCCAAAGAACCAUUCGAAGUAGAUUUGAAUGCCCCUGUCACAUGUGUGCAGGAUUUCGAGUCAAGAAUCCAAUAUGACAUCAAGAGCGCUUGCCAAAGACAAAGAGUGUUUUAUUAUCAGGUUUCCCUGCCACAUUACGGGGAUAAGAAGUUCUUGGGUGAAGCAGUUAAGAGGUAUAAGCACCAUCUGCUCUUCAAGCAAAAGAAUCAAGAUGCUUUUCUUGUACCAUGCUAUGACUUUGACCUUAUCUGGCAUGCCCAUCAAGUGAAUCCGCUGGUCUACAGACACGACACCUUCAAACUGCUUGGGAGGGUCUUGAACCACGACGACUCAGUAAAUGACCGUCAACCAGGAUCGAAGCUUUUUUCAUCAGAGCUCUCUACAAGAGAUAUUUGGAAAGCUGCUGGUAUAUAUUUCGAGGUAAAUGGCGCCACGUUUCGUGGAGAGCCACCCAUUGGAAAUGUUAUAAAUCCAGACCUUGAUGAGUACUCCUCGAUGGUGUCACUUCUUUACACUGUGGAAUUGCUUCGUGUUGAAUUUGAAGGCCUUCCAAACUCUAAAUCAUACACAGUCCAAAUCGACGUCGUCAACGGUAAACGAGUCAUUAAGAAGAAAGUAAAAGGACCAAUUGCUAGAAUUCAUGGUUCCAAAGCAGUUGCUAAGUUCACUUUUAGCACAAAGGAAAGAAGAGAAUUCGAGGUAAGAUUUUGUCAGGAAGGACAUGCCGUGGUGGAUUUAUUCAGAAUUUGGCGCCUAGUUUAAGAAAGGGCGCAAGCGAAAAUUUAAUAAAAGGAAUAUGAGUAAACCAUUCCACGUCGUAUGAUAUCGCUCCUAGAAAACUUUCCAUGGUUGAAAGAAUGGGCACUCAGACUGCAACAGAGUUGUUAGCUAAGUGUCUUUCCAGAGUAAACUGAAAUAUCUUAGUUACCCCUCUGAGUAAUGACAAUGAGGAUGAUGGUAAUUUUUUCUUUUUUGAUACAUAAAACAAUGUUAGGUUAUACAUACUACACUGAGUAUUAAUGCCAACCUUUUUAAUCCCUUCUGAAUAUAGGUGUGGAUUUACCGAAAACUGUCUCAAUCGUUACCUUACCUCGCCGGCGGUAAGUACUCCUUUUUGGAGUACCUUGAUAGCGUUCCUUUAAGGAGCCGUGGAACUCUUCAACCAGUUACCCACGAGUUGCAAUGGGCUAAUCAUAAUCAUCCCGUUCGACUCACCACCGUAGCUCAUCCACCCAAACAGGACGGUUACUACUUCGCGGUGAGACCACAAAAGAUAUUCACCAAUGUGGAAAAUCCCGCUCAAAUUUUAAGGUCCCCGACGUUAAUCCUUUCACCGGCCUCUUUAGUUCAAUCAGCGACGGCACCGUGCGAAAUGUCAGACCAUUUGCUGUUCGAUUCCCGAGGACGACCAGCGUUUGUAUGUCGAGUAAUACACUCCGCAGUACUGCAGCUCUCGUGUGUUCAGGUUAUCAACAAUGCCCAAAGAGUUGUUAGUGUGGCGUAUGAUUAG